GCCGAGCCCAAACCGGAAGCCGGGUAGUGGAGGGGGAAACGCCACUUCCGUCUCUAUGGAACAGAUGCGGCGGAGGCUAACGAAGAAGCGGGGAGAAAUGUUCAAAGCAGACCUGAGAUGGCUUCCAUGAAUUUUAGAUGUUUCCAGGCAUCUAUUUCUAGACUGCAAGCAUGUAGACAGUUGCUAACUCAAGGCACAGCCUUGAACCAUUUUGGCCAGCAAAUUAGGCAGCUCAGGUUAUGUCCCCAUGGUCCUUCAACAUUGCAAACAGUUUGUUCAGUCUGUGGUUUUCAGUGCACGACUUGUAGAAACUACCAUAUGGAACUGGGAAAUCACCCCGGCUAUGUUACGGGCAUGGUGCAACUCCGUGGAGAAGCUGGUAACAGUGUAAAAUCUGGCAGCACAUGGACAGAUGAACAAGUGUUUUUGAAGAAGUUGAACUGUUUCUGUUCAUACAAAGACAUUUUCAGAUUUGUAAGCACAAUGGAAAGUUUAUCUGACACCAUGGUGGCAGCUGUCCUUCAGCGGGUCUGUGACGUUCAACUGGAGGACAGUAUGCUGAAGAAUCCUGAAGAGGUGAUGGAGGAUGAAGUCUUCAGGUCACUUUGCUUCCAGCUGGAACAAGAAUCACCAAGCCUGUCUGAAUCUGCUCUUGUAAAUUCACUAAAUGCUUUGAUAAAAUUACGUGUGAGUCCCUGGAGUACCUUGAUGGUUCGUUUGGUGUCAGAGAGCCAAGAACGCCUGGAUAAAGGCCAGAUGACUAUUAGAAAUCUGUGUGUUCUUGGAGAAUCCUUGUUCAAUCUAGAGGGUCCAAGCUGUGCUAUUCUGGAACAAAUUAUGGACCAAGUUCAGAGUACAAACCUGGAGGACUGGAAGGCUGAUGAAAUGGCCAUGGUCUACAAAAUGCUGCAGCUGGGUGUCGGGGAGAGAGGAAAAUACCAAGCCCUAUUAAACAAAAUGAGCAGUUUAGCUGUAACUCAGGUUCCUCAGUUCAGCCCCGAAAUAACAAGUACAGUGUUAAAUGCUCUGGUGGUUCUUGAUCAAACCCAAGCCAUUCCUCUAGUGAUAAAGCUUUGCAAGCAUUCAGUACGGCAUGUCCCACAUUUCACGGAUAAUGAGCUAGAAAAAGUGCUGGAGGCUUUCAUUCAUUUUGGACACAACGACCAGUUCUUCACUGAAGCUCUAGAAAGACAUGUUGCCAAACACGCCUUCACCAUGCAUCCCAGUGCAGUUUCCAAAGUCAUGCAGUUCUGCAGCAGGAAGCGCAUCCUUUCUAAAAGCAUCUUCAAUGCAGUGGCAGAGAGUUUCAUCUACAAUGCUGACAACUUCACCACUGCUCAGAUCGCGGAGCAGAUUAUUCCAUUUGGGAAACUCAACUAUUUGCCUCCGUGUGCUCCUUCUCUUUUCCAGAAGCUCGAAAGGAUACUCAGCACGCGAUCGGCCCAGUUUCAGCCUCAUGUGUUCUUGAGCCUUCUUCAUGCAUGCACCCUAGUUGAACGCUAUCCCCUGAAUUUCCUGGCAAAAGUGUUUAGUCCCUAUUUUCUGCAGCAGUUGCAAGCUGAAGGACCUGGUUUGAAGAAGUCUGUUCUUUCUCAGUUGACCCAGCUAUUUCUAACAGCAACACUGGAGUGUCCUUCCUACGAGGGUCCCCAACUCCUUCCCAAGUACUUUGUCAAGUCCUUUCUCACGCCAGAUCAUUCAAUGGAGUCCUUGGUAGAAAGUCACCUCUACAACAGAGUAAAGGCUGGCCUCACUGACCUCUUGGGGGCCCGAAUAUAUUUUGCUUCUCACGUGUUGACACCGUACUGCUAUACUCUGGAUAUUGAGAUUAAACUCAAUGAUGAAGGAUUUGUACUACCAGCUAAUAGACAUGAAGAGGCGUACCAAAGCAGAAUAGCUCUCUGCAUUGAUGAUCAAAGAAGAUUUUGCACCAACAGUCACAAUCUUCUUGGAAACGAGGCCAUUAAGCAAAGGCACCUGCAGCUAGCCGGGUACAAAGUUGUGCAGAUUCCAUUUUUUGAGUUUGAGUCACUGAAGACCAGAAGUGAUAUAGUGGAAUACCUGCACAAGAAAAUUUUUUCUAACUCUUACAGGCUCAGCUGGUGAUUGAAAUAGAAUCCAAAUGAUGCUGACAGAUCUAUGAAGAUUAUUAUUAUUUUAAAUUCGAGACUUGGUUAAGCUACUGUGAUUUUAAAAAAAACUGAAUCUUGUUUUCUGGGCCAGUCAUUGAGCUAUCAAAUUGUAGAGCUGGAAGAGACCCUAAGGGCCACCCCCCUGCAGUACUGGAAUCUCAGCUAAAGCAUCCAUGACAGAUCCAACCUCUGCUUAAAAACCUUCAAGGAAGGAGUCCACCACCUCCUGAGACCGUUCCACUGUGGAACAGCUCCGUCCUCUAACAAUACAUAAAGAGAAUGUGUCAAAAAGAUUGUAAAAUACAACUAAAUUUAUUUUUUUAGUGCGACUGUAUUCCUCCCAAAUAAAUCUGGGGAGAAAAUAUUUUAUUACACCCACACAGACUACAAAUGCCUAGGUUCCCUCUCUCAAAGAGCACUUAUGUUUCCCCUCACCUCACUACUUGGGCAACUCUCCCUCUGGGCACCCACAGGAUUUUUUCCCAGACCAGAGUGGGGAAGUAAGUGAGAGGGGUUGGAGCAGGCUAGUUCCUCACACAAAAAUAGAAGAAUGCUGCUUGUAUAUUUUGGUUCAUAUGUCAGAUUUCUAAAAUACUAUUAGCUUUUAUUACAAAUGAAUCGGGAGGGGGGGUUAUGGUUCAUCUAAGAUGCAGCAAAUAAGGCCUUUGCAGGUGCCAUAACACCCUUUGAAUGUGAGGUGGGUGACCCCUGAACUUGGACACAGCUCCAUUCCCAGUUUGGUGGGCUGCCUUUGGCUUUGUGAAUCAUGAUGUGCAUACUGUACUGUCAAAUAAAUGCAUAUCUUUUCCUAA